UGUGUGUUGGUCAGGGAUGCAGGGAACAAGAGUGAACACGACUUGUGCUGGGAACCAUCGAACAGAUCAGUCAACCCGGAACAAAAACACCGUCGGACAAGCCGUUAGUUUCAGUCCAGAAUUGCAAGUGGAUAGUUAGCCUCACAUUUAUCUGUUAAAGCUCAGCAAAACGAGUGCAGUGGAUAAAUAAACAGGAUGGAGGAUAAUUCAAAAGGAAAGUGUUCCUGCCUUCCUCUCUCUGCUCUGCGCCUCCUGGUCUCACCCCUUCAGCUGGUCUCAGCAGCAGUCUGGCAGACCAUCCAGCACAAAGUUGUGGCCGAUUAUGGGAUGCUGGAGGAGUUUGUUUCCAUGGUUACAGACAUUGUCCCGGAGCUGCUCACCAUCCGCCAGAGGGCCCAGCUCACCCUGGGCCUCAGAGCGCGGCUUAUCCUGGAGUUAUGUCAGUUUGAAGCCUCUGCUGACUCAGAGAUUGUUCAGCCACACCUGGACAGGUUGCAGACCCUUACUGAGGCGUGGGCAAUGGAGGCUGGUGCUACAAAUGUGGAAGUACCAAACUCAAACUUUGUGGAUCUUGUUAAGAACAUGCUGAAAAAUCCUGACCAGAGGGAAAACUUCUUUCAGAAAGUUUUCCCUGAAGAGUUUGGUCCCACAUUUGAUGAAGCACUUCACACCCUGAUGUGGCUGCUUCUGUCCAGACUGGAAAAGUUUCUUCCUCUUCAAACUUUCCAACAGGUUGCCUCUAUGUUUGAUGAGGUGUCCUCUGUUCUGGUGGACUGUCUGGAGUCUGCGUCUCGGUGUGAGGAGCUCAGAACUGUGCUGCAGUAUCGAAAAGACCUCAGCCGACUGGAUCACAAUGACGGCUCCUUGGAUUAUACCUGCAUUAUUUCAGCUCUCAAACUUCCCACUACGAAAAGAACGGAGACACAUAAAACACACACAGAGCAUCAGACAAGUGAGGUCAGGACUGACUACAUUGAAAAUGUAAACCUCCCUCAGUGUCAAGCAGAGGAUGCAUCUCGCCUUCUAAAACAAUGCUAUGUUAAGCUAGAGAGACUUGAAACACCGCUGUUAUCACAGUCUCGAGCUGUGAGACGAAACAGAGGCCUGAAGAUGAAAAAGAUUCUGCUGAGAGAGAAAAGAGGAGUUUGUAAAGAGGCCCUCUCUGCCUGUAAACCUGCCUCCAGGAAAACAAAACCACCCAGUAGGGCUCCACCAGACGUCUCUGACUGUGAGGAUUUAGGCAGCUCAUAUAUGGCUCCUAUCAGUCACUGCAGUGAUGAUGACUCAUGGUCUUUCUACUCUGAUGAGGACUCUCGCCAUAACACUGCUAGUGGCAGUGCCAGUAUGGCUGAUUCGUGGUCUCACUACUCAGAUGAUGCCUCUUCCUUGGUGACUGCUGUCAGUAGUCCCACUGGAUUUGAUUCAUCAUCUGGUUUGUCAGAUGAGGACCUUCCCCUCAUGGGUCCUAAAAUUUUAUCAGCUUCUAGCAGAAAGCUGGGCGUCUCUGAUAUCAAAGGUAGCACUCCCAAAAAAAAAGGUAAAGUUUACUGCUUUAUCUGUAAGGAGCAUGUAAGUACAGGCCUAAAGAGUCACAUGAAAACCCACUUUCCCACUGGUGACUACGCCUGCCCUCGAUGCGACAGCAGAUUUAAACUCUUCUCAUCUUUUAAGAUGCACAUGUGUAGAACCUGCUAUGAGUACAGUAAGCAGCAGGUAGAUCCGGAGAAGCCGGAUGAAGCCAAGAAUCUUUACAAAUGUGACAAAUGCCAGGAGGCGUUCAGGUACCAAGUUUCACUGGAAAGACACAAACUAACCCACAAUGAACUGUACUGCAGUGUGUGUAGGAAAGUGUUGCGAGACACGGCGACGUUGGCCAGGCACAAGGCCUCACACACUCUGUUUCAGUGUACCCGGUGUGAGGAGACCUUCACUCUGUUCAUGCCCUUACUCAGACACUGCGAAAACAUCCAUAACAUCAGUCGACCGUUUAAAUGCAACCACUGUCCGAAAACAUUACCCAAGCUCCGCUUCUUAAUCCUACAUGAGUGGACUCAUACAGGUCAUCUGCCAUUCCAGUGUGCUCAGUGUGGCUGUAGAUUCAAGUCCGACGCAGAUCUCAUUUACCACGAAAGAGUCCACACAAAAGAGAAACCCUACCUGUGCGCAGAGUGUGGCAAGACUUUCUCCCAGAACUCCAAUCUCCUGCGGCACCUGAAUCUCAUCCACAGCGAGUUUCGAGAUGAGAAGAGGCACGCUUGCUCCCAGUGUGAGAAAUCCUUUAAAGAGAAAGGAUCCCUUAAAAAACACCAGAGGACCAAACACUUGAAUGAGCUGUUCCGUCAUCCGUGCCCGUACUGUGGAAAGAUAGUCUCUGCAACUACACUCGCCAGACAUAAACUCAUGCAUACGGGGGAGAGACCUUUCAAAUGCACCGUGCCCGAAUGUGACAAGCACUUCAGGUCGACUUCUGAGGUGAAGAAGCAUGUCCUUAUACAACAUACAACAGAGAGACCAUAUAAAUGUGACGUCUGUGGAAAGGGCUUUAUAAAAAUGUGUUUUCUCAACGCCCAUGCUAAAAUACACUCAGGAGAAAAGCCAUUUGUUUGUCAAAUCUGUGGAAAGGCUUUCCCCAAGCUCUACAGCAUGCAGAGACACAAAAAGCUGGUACAUUCAUUUGUAACACAUUAACCCUGCAUGGUAGGAAUUCUCUGUUAAACAGUGUGUGCCAUGAGAGUCACUUUAAAACAUUUUGAGACAAACCAUUGAUAGUAUUUGCACUGGAUGAGGCUAGCAGCUCAAGGCACCAUUAGCCAUUACUAGCAUAGCACACCUGAAUCACUGACCAACUGUCGGCAGUAGAGCUGCACUGAGGAUAGUGUAGACGAUGUGUGAAAUAAAAAGAUGGUAUCUGUGGUUCUCCUUCUUUUAUUUUGAUCUUGUUUAAACUAUUCAUCAUAUGUCUGACAGUGUUAUAGGAGUGCAAUGCUAACGUGGUGGCAUAAUCUCAAAUAUUAGAUCAGUCAGGUCUGCUUUUAUUCACACUGAAUAUAAUUUGUUAUUAAUGUGUUCUGUCACAGUUGUCAGCAGGAAUCAAAAAAGGAAAAAAUAUGGUUCGAUCUUCAGAUGUGGCAGACUGUCUCGCUUUCACCUAAAAGUAUUAUUGAGAAGGCUGCAUCAGCCUAAUUACACAUUGCAUAUAAAAUAUUACAGGCUGACAUUUCAUCUAUGAUUUAAUUAUUUGAAAAUAGUUUCAUUAACAACCAUGUACCACAUUCACACAUAACAUACAAACAGUUGCAAAGGGUUUUUUUGUAAUAUUAUAUUUUUUGAAACACAAAAGGUGCAUCACGGGUAAACAGGUGUAGAGAGAAAACGGAGAGGGGAAAACGACGAUGCGGAACUAAUGAAGCUUCGCUGCCUGAAGUCGGAUUGUUAUUCCAGACGGACUGCAAGGCAACCGUUGACGCACAAAGAUUGGUUGUGUUGUAUCGGUCUCUUGGAUUCAGUCACCUUAAAAUUAAUUUGUUUGACUUCGGUCGAGCGGCAGACAUUAUUCCCCCAGACUGUAAUGUAACUCUGAUAAGACGCAGGGAUGGAAGGAGGUAUUUCCGAGUUACCAGGUCCCUCUUUUCCCCUCUCCACUCUGCGCCUCCUGGUCCCACCGAUCCGGCUGGUCUCAGCAGCGAUCUGGCAAACAGUGGAGCAGAAAAUUGUGUCGGAUUAUGGGCUGCUUGAGGAGUUUGUAUUUAUGGUCACAGAGAUUGUUCCACAGCUUCUCUCCACGAGGCAGCGGGCCGAGCUCAUUCUGGGUCUAAGAGCAAGGCUGAUCCUGGAGUUGUGUCGCUCUGAAGAGACUGCUGACCUGCAGAUUAUUCAACCACAUCUUGACCGAAUGCAGAGCCUCAGAUCUCUGUGGAAUGUGGAGACUGAAAAUGCAGAACAAGACGUAUGUGACUCUCAUUUCAUGCGUCUUGUCCAAAAUCUACUGAGAGAUCCUGAAGAGAGAAGAAACUUUUUCCAGGAUGUUUUCCCAGGAGACUUUGGCCCCACAUAUGACAAAGCAAUCCAGACUCUGAUGUGGCUCUUUCUGUCCAGGACUUGAAAAACUUCUUCCCACCCAAACUCUCCAACAGAUUGCAUCUUUGCUCAGCAACGCCUCAUCUGUUCUAAGUGAAUGCAUGGAGACUUUUGCUCAACCACAGGAGCUAAAAACCUUACUGGACACUCAGAAAGACCUCAGUCAGUUAGACGACAUCGAAUCUUUCAUUGUUGACAGCGGCAUCUUGUCAGCUCUGUGUCUCCCUCCUGUGGAAAGAGUUGUGAUCGUCAAUGAACAAACAGAAACGGAUGCAGAGAGCGGACUUGUCUAUACGGUGUGCACAGAGAUGGAGGUGGAAUCUGAGAACAAAGAGGUGUACGUGGAGGGAACUGGGAACUCAGCGGAAUGUGUGCAAACCCAGUGGUUUGGUCUCGGCGGUGAGGUGAAAGCAGAAAUGGACGCUGUGGUGGUUGCUGAUCCCGCCGAAGGCCCCGAGGCCAGCGAGAGUGAAAUGGCCGACGAACACCACGACGACCAGUCUGGAACUCUGAUGAUUGGGGAGGACGGCCAGGUGACUGUGCUGGACGGCGUGGAGAAAAAACCAGGCAGACGUGGAAGGAAAAAGAAACGACCUGUAGAUGAAGACUUUGAAGUGCAAAGCAGAACAAGGGGUCGACACGAGGAACCAGAAUUCAGCGUCUGGAAAAGACCAGAGCGAAAGAACCGAGGACUCAAGAUGAAAGGUUACCUGUCGCAGUGGAGAAAAUCAGGAAAGACUCAGGGCAGUAAUGCUGCAAACAGUAGCCCUAAAAAGUUUGCCAGAUCCCAAGGUUCAACCAAAGGCAACGACUUGGACGAGAGAACAUGCAAAGUGUGCGGGCAAGGUGGUGAGUCGCGCCAAGUUCUUAGAGCGGCACAUGAACCGACACUCAGAGGAGCUCCCUUUUUCUUGUCCUGUGUGUAAGAGGUUUUAUAAGAGCUUGCGUUACUUACAGCAACACAAAUGUCAGAGUGUGGCAAAAGCAAAGACUGGCAGGAAGGCAGAGGAACAAGAGGCUCCAGCAGACGAAGGGUGAACAAUCAUCCAGUGGGAUUCCCUGUGAGGCAACCAAUGAAGAGCAGCCAUCAGACAACAUAGACCAGGACCCAGAUUACUCCCCCUCUGGAGAGAGGAGGUCCUGCAAAGAAUCAGGACAGAAAAGCCCAGAGGGAAACAAAAGUGUGAUAGAAGGUCCGUUCUACUGUCCUCACUGCAGCGUCGAGUUCAAGUGCAAACAGACUUUUAGGUUCCAUUUAAGAAACAUUUGCUACAGCGAGCAACAGGUGGAUCCCGAGAAGCCCGAGGAUGUCAAACACUGCUUCAGGUGUGAUGAAUGUGACAAGGCAUUUAAGUACAAAUCAACACUGGACUCCCACAAACAAACUCACAACCCGCUCUACUGUGAGGUGUGUAUGAAACUGGUACGUGACCCGGAGGCGUUGGCGAUGCACAAAGAAUCCCACACGCCAUUUCAGUGUAACCAGUGUGAGGAGAACUUCCCUGUGUUCAAGGCCCUUCACAAGCACUACAUCGACGUCCAUAAUCCCACCGAACCUUUUACCUGCACCCACUGUCAGACUACUUUUGCCAGUUUGAAACGUUUCAUCAGACAUGAGUGGAAACACACUGGUUACCAGCCGUUUCAGUGCCCUCACUGCAGUAAAAGAUUCAGAUCGUACUCCGACCUCGUGGAACACCAGAAAAAACACACCAAGGCGUACCCGUUUCUCUGCUGGGAGUGCGGCAAGAAAUUCAGGCACGGCGUAACGCUGACGAGGCACGUGGAGCGCGUGCAUCACGCCGGCGAGCCUGUCACCGAGAAACCCAUUCCAACCUUCACCUGCGCUCAGUGCGGAAAGACCUUCACCUCCAGAAGAUGCCUUCUGAAACACGACAAUUUCCAUCACAAAGGGCUGCGUUUCCCCUGCGAGCACUGUGGGAAGGGAUUCUUUGGCAAGGACGCGUUGGUGAGGCACACUUUGAUCCACACGGGCGAACGGCCUUUCAAGUGCGACGACUGCGAAAAGUCCUUCAGAUCUGCUGCAGAGUUAAAGAUACACAGGAGAUACCACACUGGGGAAAGACCAUUUAAAUGCAACGUCUGUGAAAAAGGUUUUGUCCAGUCCUGCUUCCUGACCUUACACAUGAGAACCCACACAGGAGAGAGACCGUAUGUUUGUACAGUGUGUAAUAAGGGCUUCUCAAGCUUGCAUGGUCUAAAAAGACACAGGAGGCUUGUUCAUGCGUAGAUAAUAACAUGAUACAAAUUCCCAAGUGUUCUGUUUGAUGUUCCCUAAUUGAAGGAGGUCAGAGGUCAGCAUCAGCUGAAAACCAGAACUUGAGGAACUGUUGAAGAUUAAUCUCUUGCUCAAAGACACUUCAGCUGUGUGGACUCUGACUGAGGUGGGGAAUUAAAACAAGGUUUUCCAGUUGAAGUUUCCACAUCAUUAUCUCUGCGGCUGUCACAGCCUGCAUUGUUAGGAGCUGUGUAAUUGUAUAGUGCAUUAUAAAAAUGUAACUUUGUAUUUUUUACAGAAAUAUUUGCUGUAGUUCUACAUAAGAUUUGUAUGUAUAAAUGAAAUGAACCUUAAUUCCUUUAGGAAUUCAUUUCUUUUUCUUGAAUAAAUUGACCAUUUGA